CGUACUACAUGUCGCCCUUGAACUUGACUAUCAGUAACCUGACCUUGACCCGAUGUGCAGCACACUGUGACCGAAGCGCCGAGGCGUGUAACAGCUUUACCUACAAUAAACAAACACAGGUGUGUCAACUAGGUGCCUGGGCAGAACAGACGCCAUCACCAACGUCUAACGCCGACAACAAAGUCUACACGGCACAAGCCUUCUGCACCACAUCUGCCAACUUCACCCUCGCCAGCAAUGGAUCCGUGUCGACAUGUCUUUAUUUAUCUCAAGAAAAUCUGAAUUAUUCUGACGCUUCGUUGGCAUGCAAGGCGUUAGGUGCACAAAUGUACACGAUUAGAGAGAUGGAAAAGUUCCACAUCAUUAUCAAAGCUCUAAGCAAAAGUAAGGAAAACUACUGGAUAGGUCUGAGUGAUGUGGUGAGCGAGGGCCACUACGUAUGGGAGGACGACGGCACGGAGAUUACGUCAGAGAUGAAGUCAGCCAUAUUUGCUUCAGGAAUGCCUUAUGGAUAUUCUUUCUAUGACUGCAUACGUUACGUCUAUACCUGGUUCAUGUUUGGUGACCACAACUGUGCUAAUAUGUACAAGUUUGUUUGUGAAAAGACUCCAACACGACAUAUGUAG